AUGUUUUGGAGAUUUGGCGGCUACGCCAACAUAUCAGCCAUCGACAACAUCCUCGACAAGGCCGAGUUCACCCUCGAGGAGCUGCUCGACGAGAGCGACCUGAUACAGGAGCUCAAACAGCACAACGGCAAGCUCCUCGACUACCUGCGCCAGCGCCAGGUCCUCGAGAAGCUGCUCGAGUAUGUCGUCGCCCCCAAGCUAGAGCCGGUCGCCGUCCCCGACGACGACGAAGACGGAGAUGACGAAAAGGGCAAGGGCCGCUCCCUGCCCUUUGGCCGCUCUCGCUCCUCCUCGCGCGCCACCGAUGCCGGCAACGAAGAGGAGGAGGCCGAGAAGAAGCGCAACAAGUACGCCUACGUCGCCUGCGAAGUCCUGUCCUCGGACAACUGGUCCAUCUGCGAGGCCCUGAUGGAGCCCUCCUCCCGAGAUCUGCUCCAGAAGUUCUGGACUUUCCUCGAGCGCCCGACACCCCUCGACCCUCUGCAGGCGAGCUACUUCACCAAGGUCAACGAAUCCUUGUUUGACAAGAAGACGGAGGAGAUGAUCGACUUCCUCAAGACCAUCGACGGCGCCAUCCCCCACAUGCUUCGUCAUGUCGACUCCCCCAUGGUUAUGGACCUGCUACUCAAGAUCAUCAGUCUCGAGCGGACAGAGAGCGGACAGGGUGUUGUCGAGUGGCUCUAUACCCAAAACCUGAUGCCCUCGCUUCUGGCCUUCCUCGACCCGAAAUACAGCUGGGCAACCCAGACCUCAGCUGGCGACUUUAUGAAGGCCAUCAUCACCGUCUCCGCCAAUGCCUCCCAGAACGAGCAGACCUGCAUCGGCCCCAACGAGCUUACGCGACAACUCGUCUCCCGCCCCUGCGUACAACAGCUCAUAAAUUACAUGCUUGGCGGCGGCAACGCCCUCACCGUCGGCGUUGGUAUCGUCAUCGAGGUCAUCCGCAAGAACAACUCUGACUACGACCCGGACGUCGGCACAGAGGCCAACUCGGCUCCCUCAAGUCGCGACCCCAUCUACCUCGGCACCCUGCUGCGCAUGUUUGCCGACAACGUCCCCAACUUUAUGGACCUGAUCAUGAACGCUCCCGCACAAAAGGCGCGCCUCGAGUCGACCUUUGGCGACAAGAUCGAGCCGCUCGGCUUCGACCGCUUCAAGACGUGCGAGCUCAUGGCCGAGCUGCUGCACUGCAGCAAUAUGGGCCUGCUCAACGAGGUCGGUUCCGAGGGCCUCAUCGCCGCCCGCGACGCCGAGCGUCAGCGCCUGCGCGAGGAGGGCAAGCUCGAGAUGCCGGGGACUGGCCGCCUCGACGAGAUGCCUUCCAGCUCGGAGGAGCUGACGAUGCGGAUAUCCCACCACUCGUCGCCCGCCGACGAGGGUCGCCGGCUCGAGGUCACUAACGUUACCGCCGUGCCGGACGACGACGGCUUCGAGGAGGUGCCCGCGCCGUCUUCCCACGGCGGGACCGGCGCCGAGGAUGAGGACACGUCGCACGAGUUCGUCAAGGCCGAGGACGAACUGCCGAGCCGCGCCAACAAGCCCAUGCCGCCCUCGUCAUUUCUGGACAAGGACGACGAGGACGACUUUGUCGACGAGCCGCUUAGCUCACCGAGACUGAAGGUCAGCGACGACAAGGUAUCCACAGCAGCAGUGCCGGAGGAGCAGCGCCAGUACGACGACCCGGAGCUGGUGGUUGCGCCGCUUUCGCCUUCGAAGCGGAAGCCCGAGGCUGCUCCUGCGGCUGAUGCGGUCGUCGAGAGCACAGCCGAGACAGCGGACGGGAACCCCGAAGUUGGAGAGACAGCGGAAAAGAUCGAAGAGCUCAGCUUGGAGGACGCCAGGCCUUCGCCAUCCGAGGCGUCUAUCGACACGGAAAGGAGCGAAAAGACGGAAGCCAAGGAGGGUGAGGCUGCAGAGCCGUCUAUCACAUUCACGCCCACAGUAUCAUCCAUUGUCACGGCUGUCGAAGAUGUCAAGAAGUCCGAGGAGUCUACUCUCCAUCCGCAAGAAGCACCGGCUUCGUUCGAGAAAGAGCUGUCUCCUCACCCGGAGGACCUGCCUGCUCCUCUGUUCUCUUCAUCCCCGGCCAAGCCUGCCGCCACCUUGGCUACACCUGCCGAACCUGCCGAGCCCAUCCCUGUCCCCGCCGUUGAUCCUGAGAAGGAUGCUGCCGACGUGGACCAGGGCGAUGUCUCUAUCAUCGUUGGCCACCAACCCGAGGCGCCGCCGGCACCGUCGGCGCCCGAGGACCAUGUCGAGCCCGUCGUGGGCGACUACCUCAAGAUGCAGUUUGUGCAGCACCGCGUGGUCCCCACCAUCCUGUCCUUCUUCUUCAAGUACCCCUGGAACAACUUCCUGCACAACGUCGUCUACGACAUCGUGCAGCAGGUCUUCAACGGGCCCAUGGACAGGGGCUACAACCCGAGCCUCGCCGUCUCCCUGUUCGAGGCCGCCGACGUGACGAGCAAGAUCAUCGAGGGCCAGCUGGCCUCGGAGCAGUCCCAGGCCGCGUCCAAGACGCGCAUGGGCUACAUGGGCCACCUGACGCUCAUCGCCGAGGAGGUGGUCAAGUUCACCGAGAGGCACCCGCCCGAGCUGCUGUCCGAGACCGUGCUGGACAAGGUGAUGGCGCAGGACUGGAUCAACUACGUCGAGGGCGCGCUGGCCGAGACGCGCGAGAGGGACAACGCCAUCCUCGGCGGGGUGCGGCCCGAGGUCGCUAUGAGCAACCGGGCUGCCGGCGGCGGAGGCGGCCUGGCGGGCGUGGGCCUCACCGGCCUGGGCUCGGCGCUGAGCCUCGGCGGCGGCGGCGGCGGCGGUGGUGGGGGGUCGAACGCGCUGGCCGAGGCGGGUCUCAACGGCGGGAGCCUGAGCGACAUGCAGGGCGGCAGCGAGAGCAGCUCCGCGGGCCCGUUCUCGAUCAGCGCGGGCAUCUCGUCGAGCUUCCACAGCUCGAGCGACGAGGAGGACGACGACGACGUCGGGGACGACGAGGACAUCAACAGCGAGGUUAGUAGAGGGUUCGAUUUCUCUAGUCGGGUCCCUGUGGACAUGCGGAACUGGGAGGACCUGCGCCUGGACCCUAGUGGGGAUCCGGACGAGAUGGAGGUCGACGAGGAGGACAGCGUGAUGCUGGACGGCGUGGGAUCUGGAUCCGAGGACGAGGGGCCUGAGACUGGGACCGGGACCGGGGAGCAGCUGGAGCACGGAGCGAGCGAUUCCGGUCACGCGGAGACGAGGAGGCCCGUGUAG